CCAUGAAAGGAAAAUGGGAUCUCAUGAUUGACUACUAUCAGAAACAUUCCGAAUAUUUGCACUCUCCACUUACGGCCUCUAAGGAGACUGCAUUUCAUAUGGCUGUGUGCAGCAAACAAGAGCAACCACUUAAAGAUUUACUGGAAAUCAUGACGACAAGCGAAUUACCUUUAACUGAGACAGAAUUUCUCAAGAAAACAAACAAAUUUGGAAAUACGGUGCUUCACGAGGCAACCAUCUACGGGAAUUAUGAGGCUGUAAGACUCUUGGUAGAUAGAUGUGAAGACCUCCUUAAGGAAACAAAUAACUACGGUGAAACCCCAUUGUUUACAGCCGCUGGAUUUGCUGAGGCAGAAAUAGUGGAGUUUUUAAUCCGUUCCAAACCACAACAAUGCGUGGAUGAUAAUGGCAGCCUGUUAGCAAUUCACAUCAAGCGAACGAAAGAUGACCUGUCCAUCCUUAGCAAUGCUAUCAGAGGGCAACACUUUGAAACAGCUUUACUGUUGCUAGAAAUGGAUGACUCGCUCCACAAGUUGACGGACAAAGACGGCGUAACUGCUUUUCAACUUCUAGCCCAAAUGCCAACCGCUUUUGAGAGUGGAUUUCCCAUGGGCACAUGUGAAAGGCUCAUCUACUGCUGCCUUCCUGUUAAACGUCACCACGAGGUAAAAUCACUGGUAGAAACUUGGUUGAAGGAAAGAAAGAUGCUGGAGAGGAAACCAAGAGGCGGCAUACUCAAAUAUUUAAAGGUCCCUAAAGGAUGUUGGCUAGAAGGAUUCUGGAACCAGAAAAGAAAGCAUGUAUUUGCUUUGAAAGUCGCCGAAAUCCUAAUAGAGAAAGAUGAGUCAUUGAAUAAAGUCAGUGUCAGCAUAACAAAGGAAGGACUGGGUGGGAAAGAAUAUAGAAAGGGAGAAAACCAGUUAUCUGAAUUCACUAGCAAAGGAAAAGAUACAGUUGAAAUCCAACUUCAUUAUACAACAGAAACUUCUGAAACGAACUCAUCAUUGAAGGAGAAGAUCCCAUUGUUUAUUGCAACCAAAAAUGGAAAAGAAGAAAUUGUGUUGGAGAUAAUGAAAAAAUAUCCCGAUGCUAGGAAGGAGCAUAUCCCAUUGUUUAUUGCAACUAUAAAUGGAAUAGAAGAGAUUGUGUGGGGGAUAAUAGAUCAAUAUCCCCACGCUGUUGAGCAUCUCAAUGAGGAGGGCCAGAGCAUUUUGGAUGUGGCCGUCAUGCAUCGCCAGAAAGAGAUCUUCAAUCUUGUGAAGCAACAGAAAGUACCAUUGGCUAGACUGCAUCGAGUAAUUGAUAAGAAGGGCAACACAUUGUUGCACCAUGUUGCAGAUAUGGAGCAUUACAGAGGAGGAACCAAGCCUGGGCCUGCACUUAAACUUCAGGAGGAGUUGCAAUGGUUUGAGGUGGGACCUUUUCUUCCCUUUUUCUUUACCUCCUGACAAAAAUUAUUCAUGGACUUGGUACAGGAUUAUCCGUCUUGUGUAUUAGAGCACCAAACCUAUUAAAACAUUUGUUUCAAUCAAAUUAUCCAAUCCAGUUAAGGUGAUAGAAAAACCGCUAAACUGUAAAAAAUUCGAUUUUAAUGCUAAGGAAACGUAGACAUGUCACCUAAUUAAGACAUCAGGCUGAUCUAGUUCUCCUUGUCACCCGAACCAAUAACUUAAAUAUUAUUAAAAAU